CUAAAAUGCAGGGAUUUUUCCUCAUUACAGCGUUGCUGUAUCUGUCAGUUGCUUGUCUGGUAAGUGACGUUUCAAUGUUACGUUUCUGUUUUUUAUUCCCGGCUUAUUGUAUCGAUUAGCGACAUUAGCCUUGCUAAGAAGGAUUUUCCCUGAUGACAAUUCUUGGUAAGCGAGCUCCCAUGCGGUUUCAAUUUGGCCAAUUUUUCUUUUCCAGAUUCUGGAGCACACGGUUUGUUAUAUUGUUAUAUCCGAUCCUGUUUAUUGCGGUUUUUGUCAUGAAUGUUUUAUUAAUCUGAUCUCUCCAAUUUAGAAGUCGUUUGUUCUUUUUCUUAAAUGGACUUGUAGUAUUCAAUUGUCAGUGUUUUAGCCUCUAAAACCGGCCACUUCUUAACGGUAUACAGUACUUCUAGUAAAUCUUUCACUGCUUUUCUACAGCCUCAAAGAAAUACAAAUUAUCCCCAAUAACGAUCUUUUAUGACAUAUACACUUCUAGAAUGCGGACAGCGUUCAUGUAAAGCUAUUUUAGGUGGUUUUAUUGUCACUUGUUGCCAAUGUUUACUGUAAAAAAUACAAGGCGUCUAGAACUUUACUGUUAUAUUACCUUUUUUAACCCUUCCUCUAAGAAGUGAAAGGAGGAAGUUCCCCUAAAUCUGGAAAGUAAAGAACAGCCGCAAGCAGCGGUUUCUCUUUUCCAUGGCUUUUAGCGUUUACAAAGUUGUUCGAAAAGCCAUGCAAGAGAUAAACAGACCUUGCUCGCAGGGUAUCCUAGCGUUCGACGCGAUCAUUCGUGUAAAAUACUUUUGUACGGUAAAUGCGAAAUUUCCGAUUGAUGGUUGUUGAAAUAAUUUUCUUUUUCUAGUCUAAACAAAACGAAACAAAAGACCAACACUCUAGCUGAAGUAAAAUAGUCUAAAUAUUUGGGGAAAUGUGCGGAAUUUCCAGGGGUACCCGCGCGGUAUUUCCCAUAACUAUGCCUUUACUGUAGUAUCCACCCAAGCUGGGAUUUCAUGCGCUUGAAACAAAGCUCAGUUCUUUUAUUCAAUUCGAGUUGUAAAAAUAGAGCAGUUUGUUUUCUCCUGGGAAGUGAGAGACGGCCUUCGAAUGUUCAAGGGUAUCUUUCAACACCAUUGAAAGCGGCUUUCCUUGACAGCUCCCAGAUCAAUCUAUUUUGGUUAUUUUUACUGGUGGCCGCGAUUCUUUUCCCAAAAACUAGAAUGCCGGACUUGAAAAGGCCUACUUUCGUCCUCUAUUUUGGGACCAAAAAAUCAUAAAUAGUUACGAAAACUAUCGGACAUAAUGUAACGUACAUGUAGGGCUGAUGUUGUUUUUGAGAUUCCCCACAGCGAAAACAUGAGAUUUUUCUGCUUGCUUUGACAGGGGGUCUCUUUAAAAGGGGCUAAAGGUUAAACGGUCGUCUAGACAAUUAAGGGCUUCGAAAAAGGACUUCUUUGACUUUAUUGAUGCGGAAAUGACGAUGUUUCGUGACUAUUUCAAAAUGUAGAAAUUGUUACUCCUUUGUCCGAAGAUCUUGAAGCGCCAGAUGAAUCUAGGCUGAUAAGAAUAGCUAAGAAUGGUGUAAGAGUGCGUGGGAAAAAUAAAAUUAUUAACCUGUCUCUUCCAAUCUGGUGGAAUUGGCCAGCUGGAGGAACGGUUGCGCUUCUCGAAAAAUAGUCGCACGCUAUUAAUUCUUCUCUUUGGCUGGUUGUGUUUUUUGGUUGCGUCUCUAAGCUGGAACCAAAAAAACCAAAAUUCAAAACCAAAAUUAAAAUGAAUUCAAAUGUAUAACAACAAGAGAGCCGCAAUAUAAUUUAAGUUCACCACCAUCUCACUCAAAUUUAUAUAUUUCAAACAAUUAAUGUAGAACGCCUUUCUCUUACCGCUGGAAAGUUUGGUAACCAUUGACCUGUUUGGUUUCAGUCCGCUUCCGUGAUGACUUACUUCUAGAAGACAAUUUCUUGUUUAAGAUCGGGGUGGUCCAUUCACAAGUUACACUUACCGGGCGUGAUAAUCUUUGUAGUACUUACUUUUGAGUGAUACUCUUACCCGGGUCUUAGCAUGAACAAGGCUACUCAAGACUGCGAGAGGUCCCUCUUUUUUCCUUUGUUUUAAGUUUUCAAGCAAAAAAAAAAAAAAAAAUGGCCACGGUGGGGGGGGGUCACUGCAUUCCACUUACUGUGACGAAAAAUAACUGCUUGAACGGUCUUCCCAUUUAUCCUUUUUCCAGGUUCACAAUCCCCAGAAUUACAAGCUAAACCACAUGGCACCUAAGUUUUUAUCGAGAAAAAGCUCGUGUUGCGAACUUAAUUCAAGAGGUCGGAAGUCGUCUACCGCGUGAAAAUUUGAUCGCGCUUAAUCAUGACCUUUGCCUGCCUUUCCUUAAACGAAAAUACUCUCAUUACCUCAAGUGAUUAUUGCAAUUUGUUUGUAGGCCGUAACUGCCACCAAUCUCUUAGUUUUGAAGGCACCAUUUUCUCCAGCGCGAGUUCGAAAACCUCUCUGAUCGAGGCCGGUUUUAUCGGGAGUGCAUACAGUGAGACAAUAGGAACUUUAAGAUCCAACGACGCCACGGCAAUGAGAACGUCGCUUAAAAAGUGAAUUUGCAUUCUUUCAGUCUUUACCGCAAUUAUUCCUACUCACUUACUUUGUCAAAUGUAGGCGAGCCCUCCUGGCGUUGAAUUCCUAGGCACCCUAUCCAAGUACAGAGAGAGAAAUCAUAGUUCGUCGUUGCUUGUUUACGUCCUCCAUAAAACGCAAAAUUAGGCAUGUUUACGUCGUAGUCGUGCAAAAACAGGGGCAGAGAAAUGUACAAAAAAGCGUGGUGCACGUGCAAAGUUGUUGUUUUGCUAUUCACUUUAUUUAACGAGGGUAACACUAAAUAGCCAAAGGCUAAUAAGCUUGUGGCCCUCAAGAUCGUUGGAUCUUAAGGUGAUGUUACACGAGCCGAUUCGCAACGACGAUUUUUAGCGCAAAACAGCGUUGCAAUAUAGUUGCGACAUUGUUUCAAAUGGCUGCAAUAUUGUUCCGACAUUACAACCCUGUGUUGCGCUAUAAAUCGUCGUCGCGAAUCGUCACCUUUAAAGUCGCUUAUGUCCGCUGUGCAACAACACACUGUUUCUUGCUUUUGUCCCUUUUUUUUAUUUUUGUCAAGGUCGUAAAAGGACAAGAUGACCCUUGUAGAGGCGUAGUCUGUCCAAGAGGCCGCAUGUGUGUACCCCACACAAACGAUGAGGGGAAGAGCUAUUCCACCUGCGAAUGUCCAACCAGUUGCACACCGGAAGUGAACGAGCCUGUUUGCAGUUACUACAAUACAUCUUUCAUCAGUCGCUGUGAGAUGCAUAAGUUCGCAUGUGCACACGACCUAACCAUGAAAGUGAAGAAUGAAGGAAGCUGCCCUUCGGAUACAGUCGGUAAUUAGUGUAAACCAGGGCCCAGUCGAUUAGUACUAACCCGGGGUUUAAUUUUAAUCUUGGUCUCUUUAUCAUUUGUUGUUUUUCUCUAUUCCUUUUAGAGCAUCCAAUCUUGAAGUUGUAGGCGAAAAGAAUGUUUUUUUAAGGAUUCAUAUCUGAAUUUAAAUUUCGCACUAACCCUGGGUUGUCUUAACCUAGCUUUGAUCAACUCGGCCCUGGGUCCAAUCUCCCCAUAAGUUUGGUGCCAAGCGAAUAAAGGGGAGGGGAGGGAGAGGCAGGGUUGGAGACUCUCCAAGGGGGGGUUAACCCCCUCUAAGUGCUCGUUGUGACCAGCAACAAAUUUAUCCCAACAAUAUCACUGCCAAAUCAAAAGUGCAGAUCAAGAGAAAGAAUGAAAUGAUAAACAGUGAUAAUAGGUCAUGAUGAUGUCUUGACGUUUGAACAAAGUUUCUUAAGCAGUACAGUAAGAAACAUAUCUAUGGAGAGCGGUGUGGAGAAUAUACAUGUUGACAUCGGGGCUGAAAAGGUUAAUGCGCGCGAGUGCGGCACUGCCUGAAAGACGCGCGCGCGUGAGGGAGGAUUCUAUUCCGCGGCGUCUAUUAUAGACUUUCGAAAAAGUCCUUUAAUUUGGCGCGGGACCUCUCACGACUUCGUCGCGACUCCUUACAUCACUGACAACAAUUAUUACAAUAAAUCAGUUGUUCAUAUUAUAUAAAACAGAGAGAUACUUUAAAUUACAAUUCAAUGCCUCGCUUUUUUGGUGAGAUAGUAGAAUCAUAAUUGUCUACAUAGUGUAGAUUACAAAGGUGCACCGAGUUUUCUUCUAACAAUCCCUGAAUAACGACUUUUUUUCUGAUUGCAUGUGUAGUGUCAAUUGUGGCGUUUGUUUGUGGACGGCGUGUAAUGCAGUAAAUACGGUAAUAGAAGAGGAUGUUUUAGCCCUAAGGAUGUGUAUAACCAGCAAACGAAAUUUCACGGUGCAUUGUCCUUGAUCGUAAGAACAUUUACGUGUUCCUUUGCAGUUGCUUGUUCCGAAGACUAUCUCCUACAAUUUCCAACUCGGUAUCUGGAGUGGAUAAUGAUUGCUCGUGAAGUCUUCCUUGAUCCAACAUUUUCUCUAAGCUCUGGAGCACGCGCCGAUGCCUUAACUGAAGCAGAAAGAAACACUAUCCUGUCGGUAAGAAGAAUGUGACACUAAAUUCCCCCAAGCGUGGAGGAAUAGUACUUUUAGGAUGCCUCCUAGCACUUUCCCUGCCAUCUUGGAGCCUUAAGUAGGCUAUAAUAUAUCGAAAUUUUUCUACCAGCUCGUUAAUUAAGACAAUCUUUUCCUUUUCAUUAUUUUUCAGUGGGAAUUUGAUUACAUUGACAAGAACAAGAACAAUGUCCUUGAUAAUGAAGAAGUGGGCCGAAUAUUUUUCGACUUGCUGAAUGCCGAGCCUUGUAUUGAAGGCUUCCUCUUGUCCUGUGACCAGAAUGAGAAGGAAGGAAUUGAACGCCGCGAAUGGGAUUCCUGUUUUCCAAAAACAGCAGGUAACAUUUGACCCGAAAUAUAUCAGGUUUGACUGCAGCAAACCACGCGACACAGAUAACCAGGAUCACUUAUACUGUUAGGUCUUUUUCUGUAAAGCAAAUUCAUCCCCUGGGACUUUCCCUUAGAAAACGGGAGAGCCUGCCAUUCGCCACUUCAGAAACAAGAGGGAACCUAGGCCGAGUUAACUUUGCAAAGGCUUAUGGGACCGUUACUAAGGACAGGGGAAACAACAUUGGCCAAUAG